CGACGACAAGAUCACGGUGGCGGGCAGGAAGGUGGCAUGGCGGAUGAACCGUACCGGGAAAUCGUGUACGGACCACCGGGCCCACCCGGCCCACCUGGACCGCUCGGGCACACGGGACCACCGGGACCGCGUGGCUAUGACGGCAAGAAGGGCGAGCGAGGGGAAAAGGGCCAGAAGGGUGAAUAUGGACCCAUGGGAUUACCGGGUCCGAUGGGAAUGCGAGGUGAUUCUGGACCAGUGGGACCCGUGGGCAAACCAGGACAUCCGGUUUCCUGGGACUAUUAAUAAGGCUUUCUAACGCUGACACACACCUUACAAUAUGGACUCGGUUUACGGCAUAUCCUUCCCCACUUUUCUUAGGUUUUACAGAGCUCGAAAGGCACCAUUCAUCAUGGGUAGCAAACGCCUAACACUUGCCCUCAAGCUAUGCCACUAAAUACUCGGAUCUGUUCCGCAUUUCAUGGUAUCAUUUGUGGUCAGUCGCUGAGUUGCAGCGAACAACACCACCAACACCAUCACCUUAGAGAGCCAUUACAGAUGGUAAAAGCAAGAAACAAUAAACCACAGAAAUCCCCCAAAGCCGCAUCUGAAUGGUCUGAGAAACCACUAGAAAUGGACACCAAGCUUCCCGGGGGGAAGGAGUGUGAGGCAAACGGUGCGGUACGGUCCGAGCAAAGAGGUUAAGAGAAUAAUUGUAGUAUUUUUUAUAAAUGUUUACAUAAAAAAAACCAAAACACCGUAAUGGUACAGGAUCUGAUGAGGUCCUACGGCUCGGCAGGGACCGGCAGGUGACAAGGGGGCGAUGAUGAUGAUGAUGAUGAUGAUUGUUGCCCUUAGUGUUGUUGAAUAGCAGCGUUUGAAUAGCAUUAUCGGUUCACUUCCAUUGCCAAUCCUUACGUGCGUGUGCAUGUGUGUAUCUCUCUCUCUCUGUAUGUGUCCUGUAUGUGUGACUGUGGUUGUACAGUGGGUCUAUACCUAGUACCUUACCCGUCCGUUGCGUCACCUUAUCCAACAGUCCCGUUUAGGAUAGGAAACUUGUAAAAUGGUAAAGCUGCAAACACCGAAUGAAACACACUAACACACACUAACCCACACACCCAUACCGAUUGCCCUUUCGAAGAGAAAAAAAAUGGAACUUAUAACAUACAUAUCUUCUUCCUAAUCGAACGAAAAACGCAUAAAAAAAAAGAAAACAAAACAAAACCAAAAUCUAAAAUGGAUCUUUAAACUCAUUGCGCCAAACCUAAUCAAGAGAGCGGCUACAAACUCUAUCCCUAUUCUUUUCAAUCAAUCAUCAAAGUACUAGUUCUACAACGAAUGCUACUCUUAAAACUUACUGUCGAACCGAUAUCGCCCAAAAGCACAAGUGUCUAUCGUGGUGGCCCCUUUUCCAAGCUGACAUGCCAUACGGUUCCAUUCCAACAACUAUUGGAUGGGGCUCGUAUCGACGGGAUGCGCAGUUUCACAGUUUGUCCCGUGUGUUUGGUCCCUACAAAUGGCAAAUGGCAGUCGCAAGUCAAUCGCUGUGUUCUGCUAGAUCGAGAGUGCUGACGUUGUUGAAUAUUACAGUUGUAAGAGGUUUCUCGCGUGCGGUAGUUGGGCACUCAGCGACAGGAUGAGCGAGUGAGAUGGCGGGGGAAGGAGAAAAGCCAAGUGUCUAGAAACAUGUUAUCCUCCACCAGGCAGCAGUACCAGCUCUCCUUGUAAUAGCCCAAGGAAAACCGUCAAUAAGCGCAAGAUGGAGCGGAGGAUUGCAAAUGAAAGAAGCGAAGAAGAAGAAGAAGAAGAAGAAAUUGGUAGAAAUUCAUUAGCUAGGAUCAAAUUGAAAGAAGUAUUAGAACGAGAGAAAUAGAAAGAGAUACCAACGGGGAGAGGACAGCGAGCAAGUAGUAGAGGAUCACGCAACACGCUCACCCUACCGACCGACCACCAUCAUCCGAUGACAAUCCGCUCCAAUCAUCACCGAUCACGCUUUACCCUCGUCUACGUCAAUCAAUCGACGACGACGACGAAUUGAGACGACGCCAGCUCUCGUAGCCAUGGCAGUAGUAAACCAAAAUUGACCACCAACUCCCCCUCCCCCCACCCUCCUCGGUGACAUUGACCGGUCGGAAGAUUUGAAAAGGUCGCCAUGGCAACCAACUCUCUAAAUGACGACGUCACUAGCCUCGCGAGGAAUGUCACGAAUUCGAUUUGAUGGCUGAACGGUUCGGGAAACAGAACUGAACCCACCGUUACCUGUGGAGGAAGGCGAGGCCGGUUUGGAAGGUCGUUACAGUGCGUUAAAAUCGAGGCAAUCCCGACCACAUGUGCACCAUCGGUUGCCAUCGAUGCCAUCGAUGCACGAGGCUAUUAGCGAGUGAAGAGAAAAUGGAGAAAAAAUGGAUAAAACGUCCUUCAUUUCGCUCGCUUCCCGUUCCUGGUGAUGCUGGAACCAUAUGGAGGCACCAGGUGCGGCACGGCGAACGUGCCGACUUCCGGCUCCAGUUGGCCAUCGUCUUGGUUUUGGGCUGCUUGAUUAAAGUUUAAAGAGUUCCAUGCCCUUUUAUGCUUGGAGUGUGCUGAACGUUGAAAGCAGAUUCGAACGGAGCUUCUUCGCUGAAAAUGCGCUUCUUCCAUAUUCGUUCUCUCUCAUACACGACGAUGAUGAUGAUGAUGGCGAUGGCCACACUUUUUGCCAUUCUUCGGUCGUCGAAGGCUCUUCAUCGCUACCAAGACUUUUCGCCGAAUAUCGAUGCGAAUUCAUCGAGUUGCCCUUGGAGCUGUCAGGAAGUUAAGGGCCCCGGGGUACGGCAGGAUGCAUCCUAUAUUCCGGCAUCUUUGGCAUCUUGAGGAAACACACAGAUUUGCGCAGAAGAACGGAGCAGAUGAUGUAGAAGUGUUUCUGUUUCUUUUUUGCUUUUCUUCUCAAACUCCCUGCCGCUGACCAGGAUAAAGGAUCCGCAGUGCAGAGUCCGGGUGCUUCCGGAUUUUCGGUGGAAAACUAAUAAAUAUUUGAAUCGACGUUUCGACGACGCUCACCCUGCACCAUCCCCAUGGUGUUGGUGUUCAAUAUUUAAUGUGCGAGCCCUGCUCGAGCCAGUGGCGCCAAGGCGAAGGUAUUCUCAUCUCCGUAGCGGUGAUUGCGAUUGCGGUUGAAUAGCUAAGGAGCUCAAAGCUGAAAGGCCCGGAUACAAAUCAGUGCUUGCCCCCGUCCUGGAGGUAGGAGAGAAUGCUGCUGAAUGCUACUCAAGUCCUCACUGAUACUAGGUUUGGUGUAUUAUCACCAUAAAUUUUCCCGACCCGAGACCAUGAUGGCCUGUCAGAGAGCGUUCGCCGCUCCGGGAGCACCACAUCGUAAAAUCCUUAAGGACCUUAUGAAUCCGGGAUUAACGGGUGGGGGCAUUUGAUGAUAUCCACCAAAGGCCCCGAGGCUCCUGGUUCUGGCCGAUCAAAUUUCCUCCCUCAAAAAACCGGUCAAUCGAAACCGAACCGAAUCGAUGCUUGGAUGGUCGUUUCGGUUCAGCUGCACCGCUUGGAGUAAACAUAUGUUGGCAAUAAUUGGCCUCGACCCCGGUCAGUCGUAAAUAAUUGGCUCUCGAUGCGCGCUGGCAUGCAUGCGUGUGCCAACGACUACCGACCCGGAUCUGGUCGGAUUUGGUGUUUGUUAGCGAACAUAGGUUCGGAACGGGUAUGGCCUGGCCUGGGUGGUAGGUCCGGUGAAUAGAAAACGAAAUCGAAAUGGAAAACCCACUGAUAGCGAUCAGGAUUCGGAUUGGUUUGCGAGCAAAACUGUGGUGGAACCGUGGAGCUGUUGUUAGGCGCGAAAGGAGGUGACUGGCUAAAGAGUGCCAGCGAUAGAGAGCGGUGGAAUUGUAUAAAAUAGUAAUUAAGCUUCCGGAUGUGUGUUCGCGGCAUUUGGCGCGGCUGGCCAAAUUGUAAGCGAGCGAACGAACGAGAGUAAAAAAACGGCGACGGUGGCCACCAUUGACGUCAGUGACCCGUUGACACAUAAAUUCGGGACGGCCUCAUAAACCAUGGCAAUGGGACGUAACGUAUUGCUGCAUUGCUUCUACAGCCCAGCGCCAUCCAGAGACAUCCUUUCAUCCGCCAAAUGCUAAAGAAAAACGAAAUAAAAAAAAUACCAAAAACAAAGCCAAAGUCCACAAAGCUCGCGACCAAAUCCAACCAGCACAGUCGAUUCAGGUCGGAUUGUGGGAAUUAGAUAUUUGAAAUUGCAAAGUCGCGCGCUCAAAAACAAGCACACAAGGAAAACAAAAUGACCAUCCAUGGUUGGGCUUUGGUGGUGACAUUCGUUAACGAGAGCGAAAGGACCUUUUUUUUACGUGGACACAGUCUCUGUCUGUACAUAGCUCCGGGCACGAGCACGGGCACGAUUGCACACGAGACAAAACGGCGAGAGCGCCUUUCUGAGAACCGCGUGACACCGUGGCACAAGCAAAUGGCCACCAAAACAUGACCGCAUCGGUGCGUCCAGUGCGCACAACCAUCGGGUACCGGGGAGCGCGAUCAUCAUGACGGGGUUCGGUAGCGGAGAUGGACAGAAAAGAAAAAAAAA